GGCGGUGACUUGAAGCUAAAAACUUAUUGUAUAUUUGGCUUCGCGCGCUAAACUUUUGAACACAUUGAAAAUAAAAGAAAAAAAUUUUUAAAAAGAAAAAGAAAAACACGUCUGUCUCGCCGUUGAUUUUAUAAUAAUUGUGGAGAUACAAAAAAAAUCUCGUACGCGUUGUGUUUUAGUGCUAAAAAAGAAGAAAAGAAAUAAAAUCUGAGAAAAAAAAAAAAACAAAAUCUAUUGUAUUUUGUACGUAAAAAAAUAAAGCAAAUAAAUAAUAUUGCAAAAAAUCCAUGUUUUUUGUAAAUUUUCUAAUAAAUUUAAAAAUUUCCUUGAAAUAAAAGUGCAAAAAAAAUAAAACGUCAACAAUCUUAAAUGAAUUGUUAAAUAAAUGUCGCAAAAAUUUUAAAAACAACAAGAAAAAAUUUCAAAGUAGUUACGUAAAAAAGUAUCUUACAAAACAAGUUACGCCCAAAAGUGUUUCAAUUAGAAUCGCUACAAUUUAAGGCCUGUUUAUAUAAAAAAAGUCAUCAUUUGCAAACAACUAAAUCAUAAAAACAAAAUUGUGGCUAAAAACAGAUAAUUUAACCAGCGAAAAUCAAACAAAAAAAAAAAAACAAGAUAAUCAACACAUAUAACACCUAAACGGAACAAAGACGGUUUCAAAGUGAAUGCAGUCUGUCGUCAAUGUACAACGGAUAUAAAGCGUAAGCGUUUUCAAAUUUAACGGAUCAUAUUUAAUCUAUAAAAAAUACAAGUGAAAAACAAAAUAAUUAAAAUCAAAAGUGCAUCAACAAAAAAUUUAUUCUUUCCAUAAAGUUAUAUAAUUUUUGUAACAAAAAAGAAAAAAAUGUGUUUGUAAAAAAGUUUGCAAUAAAUUUAAAAAUUUUAUUUUUAAAUUAUUAGUGGAAAAAAUUGUAAGAAAAAAAUAAUUAAAAAUUUCUUGGAAAUUUGUGUAUAAUGUCUAAAAGUGCUACUGAGCAAUUUCAAAUAAAAAAGAAAAGAAAACAUCCGUUAAGUAUUGCCACCAGCUCUGUCACUGGUACAAACCUAAAUAAGUCCAACAAACGUUACGUACUCUCAGUGUCACCGACGCCGGACUUGUUAAUUAAAGAAAAUUACUGAUUUCAAAUUGAUGAUAAAGAAUCAAAAUUCAAUUCUUCUCUGCUACAAAUCAAAUCUAUAGCCGGAACAGCAGCAGCAACGGUAAACGCAGCUGCUGGCUACAAUUUUACAGAUUCAAGAAACAACAGCAACAACUUAACAACAACAGCAGCUGUAAUCGCGGCAGCAGCAGCAUUAGGCGCAACAAGAACCAAAAAUUGCUUACGUGAUCAAACACAGGUAUUGCGCCACGACACUAUGCCACUAUCUCACGGAUUCUAUGUUAAGGGGGCUUUGGCCAGUAAACGAGGUCUCAAAUCUUUGAAAACGAAUGCCGCCUCGGGUUCCUCUGCAUCAACAGCCCCUACUCAUGAGGAGGCGAAAAGACCACGACGCAGUAAUGAAAAUAUAAAAUUGAGAACGCCCUCUUUAAUGGCCGGCCAAACGGCCAAUAAUUUACAACUUUCCUAUUUAUUGGGGGAGUCUUUGGCACGACAUGGUCGUUUGCAAGAGGCCUUCGAUAUUUAUGCUCUCAUAGCCAGUGAGCAACCCGAGGGUUUUAUACCCCUGGAAAAGUUAAAUAUAUUGGCUACAGCUCUCCUAGAACACAUACGCAUUUUAAGCUCAAAUUCCAAAAAUAAAACAGAUUUAGUGGAUGCCGAAAUGGAUCCCAUAAAGGCCACCACCAUAACCUCCAAAUCGGGGAAUAGUGAACAGCAUAAACUAAUAACACCGCUAAGAAAUAAAUAUGCUUCUUCGCCGGCCGCCAAUGCCUUUAAAACUGGAAUUGGCAGCAUCCGGUUAAGCACACAUUCUUCAAAAUUAAAGGAUUUAGGUACAGAUUUUCUGGCUGCAGCUGUGGGUGGUAAUUUGGAUUUACACUCACCCUCACGAGAACUAGCUGCAGCUAAUAAUAAUCAAAUGCCUGAGGAAUUUGAUCCUUUAUUGUGUCCCCUGUGUCGUGAUGUUUUGCGUUGUCCAGUGACCGCCAAUUGUGGUCAUACGUUUUGUCGUCAGUGUUGUGAAACCAUAACUAUGUGCAACAUUUGUCAUAUUAAAUUUCCACGCUGUCCAAACAAACAAUCCUUACAAUUUAAUACAUCCCUAGCAACACUUUCAACGGCUACCACCACUACUACCAGUAUGGAUUUAAAUAUCAAUAGCUUGGUUAACAAUAACCACAAUCAACAACCAUUAUAUGCUUCAACAACUUCUUCCUAUACUACCUCAUUGUCUGCCACCAGCUCCUCUUCAUCCUCCUCCACCACUCUCCACGAUUUGCCACGCCUACAAAUCAUUGCCACACCCUUGGCCUCGCCCACUACCGUUACUACCACUACCAUAGCCUGUACCACUGAUACGGCUACUACUACCAUGGCUUCCACCGCCUCUACCAGUGGUGUAGCCUUACGUUCUACCAGUUCCAAUGAUAAUAUGAAAUUUAUGCCCGAUGUUUUAGUACGACGUCUAGUAGAGAAAUGGUGGGGUGCCGAUUUGCAGGCGAAAAAAAUCAAUGAGACUGCUACCAGUUAUAUGCAUUUAAAUCUACUCGAUGAUGCUUUGAAAUUUUGUAAUGCCAGUUUGGAAAAAUGUAAGUAGAAAUCUAGUAUUUAUUUUAAAUUACAAAAAAAAAAAAAAAAUAACCAAAGAAAUUUCUAAACCUUGACAUUUUUAUGUUCAUGCCUUUUUCAAUACAAACACACUUUUUUCAUAUUACCACGGUCAAACGCUAUACUUGUGUUUUAAAUAUUGAAUAUCCUUGAUGUUAGCAAAACUUUAAAUAAUAUAGAUUUCCAUCCUCAUCAUCGGCCCUUUGUUUUAGAUUAAAGUACACUUUGUUUAAUUGUUGUCUGGUUUCGUGUGGUAAUUAGAAUUUGUCGUCUAAGCGUUGUAAUCACUCAUGUUCAGCAAUUUGUCUUAUACGAUUAAUUAGAUUCAAUUAAAUAUUUGAGGAUUUCGGUGGGUGGGGCUUUGUAAGAGUUUGAAAGAAAAAGUAACUAGUCUAGACGGACUUUGUUCCACUUCAAUUAAACUAAUAUUGAACCCAUGUUUUUUUAAUGCAUGAUUUAAUAUGUCAACAUAAUGAUAUAGUUUAUAUAGUGAGAAAAUACAACACAACUAUAGUCCAAACUAUAUUAAGAACAUAGUCAAGACUAUAAUGAAGAGCCUAGUCCAAACUAUAGUCAAGGCUAUAGUCCAAAUUAUAGUCAAGACUGCAGCCCAAACUGUAGCCAAGAGUAUAGUGCAAACUAUAAUCAACACUAUAAUCAAGAGUAUAGUACAAAAAAUAUGUUCAAGGUUAUUGUCUAAACUAUAGACAAGAUUAUAGUUCAAACUGUAGUCAUGACUAUAGUCCAAACUAU